ACAGGCGCCGCCGGGUUCUCUAAACGUCGUCGUUUGUGAAUACCUACAUAAAUUACCAUGAACGUUAUGCAGAGGAAAUUGAGCGAGUUAGAAAGCUAUUGAAAUGAAAGCAAUGGCGUCGUUAUUCUCUGCAACUGCAACCGUUAUUCCUCGAAACCUCGCCGUCGCUUCUUCCGCCAAACACCCUGUCGGUCAUUCUCUUCCUAAUUCUUAUUCUCCGCCCUUCCUCUCAUUCCCCACUUCCAAAUCAAACCCUCGCAUUCGCCUCACCGCUUCUCUCCAAUCCCCACGCGCCCACGCCAGCGCGUCUUCCUCUCCCUCCGCCACCUUCCACGGCCUCUGCUAUGUUGUCGGCGACAACAUCGACACCGACCAGAUCAUCCCCGCGGAAUACCUCACCCUCGUUCCUUCCAAGCCCGACGAGUACGAGAAGCUCGGCUCCUACGCCCUAGUCGGCCUCCCCGCCUCCUACGCCACGCGUUUCAUUGAACCCGGCGAGACCAAGACCAAGUAUGCCAUCGUCAUCGGCGGCGCCAACUUCGGCUGCGGCUCCUCCCGCGAGCACGCGCCCGUCGCGUUGGGCGCCUCCGGCGCUGCCGCCGUUGUCGCGGAGUCUUACGCGCGGAUCUUUUUUCGGAACUCGGUGGCCACAGGCGAGGUGUACCCGCUGGAGUCGGAGACCCGCCUGUGCGAGGAGUGCCGCACCGGUGAUGUUGUCACGAUUGAGCUCGGAGAGAGCCGCUUGAUCAAUCACACCACUGGAAAGGAGUAUAGGUUGAAGCCGAUCGGCGACGCGGGUCCAGUGAUUGAGGCUGGUGGCAUCUUUGCCUAUGCGAGAAAGUCCGGCAUGAUUCCCUCUCGUUGAGGUUCUAUGUUUUCUUUUGGGAUUCUAACAUCUUCCGUGUCCAUUCCACCACAUCUAUUGGACUGGCAAAUUUUUACCUUCUAGAUAGAUCUUGUCGUGGCAGUAGAUAUUUGGGGAAGCUGGAAGCGUUCGUGGAUUUGUUGGAACUGUGUCACUUUGGCAGCAACUACCCGAUUAUUUGAGUAUUUGCAACUUAUUGCCUUCUCGAUGCAUUUUUUUUUUAAUCUUUGUAUGCAGUUUAGACAUUUGACUGUUCACAGAUAGGCUACUGCUUUGUCUUUCUAAGGUGAAAGUAAUUUGGAUGAAGAUUAGUACUGUAGUUUGGCUUUAGAAUUAUUUUUCUACUUGGGAAAAUAUGAUGUCAAAGUUUGGAUGAAUGUAGCAUCAGCAGGAACUUUAGUAUAUUAUAGUUUGUAAUUCUUGCUUUACGCAUGCUGAUUUGAGAAGUUUGUUUUUAAAUAAUAUAAUAGGGGUGGGUUGGAAUUUUAAA